AUGACGAAACAAAACUCUCUGAAUAAUAAUGUGGCGAAACUUGUUGGUAGGGCAUUGUUCGAGAAAAUAGGUAAACCUACCAAGAUUGUGGCUCCAAUGGUUGAUCAAUCAGAGCUAGCUUGGAGAAUUUUGUCCAGGAGGUAUGGAGCAACCUUGGCAUACACUCCAAUGUUACACGCCAAGUUAUUUGCCUCAUCUGAGAAAUACAGAAAUGAUAUGUGGUGUGAACUUGAUGGGAAUGAAGAAAUAGACAGGCCGCUAGUCGUACAAUUUUGUGCAAAUGAUCCUGAUUACCUUUUACAGGCUGCCAGAUUAGUGCAGGAUAAAUGUGAUGCAGUAGAUUUAAAUUUGGGGUGUCCACAAGGCAUUGCGAAAAAAGGCCAUUAUGGUGCAUUUUUAAUGGAUGAGUGGGAACUAGUCUCCAAGUUGAUUAGAAACUUACAUGAGAAUCUUGAUGUCCCUGUCACAGCUAAGAUCAGGAUCUUUCCAGAAAAGGAGAAGACUUUAGAGUACGCCAAGAUGGUAUUAGACGCUGGCGCUCAAUUUCUAACAGUACAUGGCAGACUUCGGGAACAAAAAGGACAACAAACUGGGAUAGCAGACUGGGAAACGAUGAAAUACUUGAGAGACAAUCUACCGGAAGACACCGUUUACUUUGCAAACGGUAACAUCCUUUACCCUGAGGAUAUUGACCGGUGCAUGAAGACCAUUGGCUGCGAUGCAGUAAUGAGCGCAGAAGGAAAUUUGUAUAACCCUGGUGUCUUCAACACAGAACACAUUGAUGACAAGGAUAAAACAUUCCCUCGUGUAGAUAAAAUAACUCGAGAAUAUUUUGAAAUUGUAAAACAGCACGAGACUAGCAAAGCAUCGAAAGGCGCAAUGAAAGCUCAUUUUUUCAAGAUUUUAAGACCUUUCCUCAACAUUCACACUGAUAUCAGAGCAAAUCUUGCUACCUUAUCUGCAAAAGCUCCCCUAGAAGACUGGGAAGAGAAGGUUGUUAUUCCAGUUGAACGUAUAGUAGCUGAAAUCUUCGAGCAGAAGGAUAUAGAGGAAAAAGAUGUUAUCAGUACUGGUGAAAUACAAUUAUGGGGCGGAGCAUACAAAACCGUUCCAUAUUGGAGGUGCCAACCGUACUUCAGGCCUGUAAACGGCGUCACCGCAGAUAAGAGAGUAACAGAUGCUCUAAACUCAGCUGUCAAAGGCUCUCAAUCCGAUUCUAUGGUGGAAAAUGACAACGCAUCUAUCAAAAGAACAUCUGACCACACAUUAGAAAGUGAUAAGAAGAAAGAGCCCAAAGUUUAA